CAAUUCUAAGGGUCCUUUUCUAUCGAUCCUUUCCGCUUUAUGAAGAUUACAUGCAUAUCCCCGACCUUAGAUGACCGGCGAUGGGACGGGUUGGGCAUACGAGGCUGUGCAUUUGUCAUGGGUUAUUGGCCAGCUUCCAACAUAACGUCGUGCUGCGAUGUUGCGAUGCCAACUCUCUUCCACCAUCUUGCUGUGCCGCCGGGUGAUGUAAAAAGGUAGGUGUCUCUUGGCGGGGUUGUGUCGGAAGGCGUGUGAUGAUGAUGGGAUAUCUUAGGGGACUUAGGGGAUGUAAAAGGUUUUAAAGAGUAAAGAGACGAAUCUGUGGAUUGUUCUCGUUUCUCUGCUUGAGUCCGAUAACUACCUACCUACCAGUCUACAUACGCACAUCCUAUUACUCGUCCACCCCAAGAACACUCGCCCAUUUCAUUCAAAUAUUAUACAAUCUAUCAGUACUCUUAUACCUCUAUCAACAAUGCGGUUCAUCAUCUCUCUCGUCAUCCUCGCCACUUGCGCCAUGUGCGCUCCCGCGCCUAUUAACAGCGGCCGCGCAACAACAGUCUCCACCGUUGACGAAGACGCAAAAGUCAUUUACCCUGACUACCGCCGCGCAGAAACCGUAGACGAGGAUGCGAAAGUGAUCUAUCCUGAUUAUUGAAGGGAAUUUUUCAGGAAGCGUGAGCGCUAUGAAAUGGAAUAGUCAGGAUGCGUGUUUGGAUUGUUAGUUAUAUCUUAUUGUUAAAUCCACAAUUCGAAGUUUGCUUGACUCCGGCUUAAGGCUUAGUAAGCAGUUGAUCGAUGUGGUGUUACAUAGCAACACAAAUCUUACUUUUAUUUGGCAACUCUCACC